AUGCAGCAGAUACCUCAUAAACUAAAACAAACAGCCGUACAACAAAAGGACCUCGUUGCUGUCCACAUCGAUGUCUCCUACGAAGAUGACCGCGAUGCCCUAAAACGGUUCCUGCUCUUUUUCAAGGAGCCUGGCUCCGAUGACUUCAAAUACCUCAGUGCCGUUGCAACCAACCAGAAGCAGAUUGACGUCAACCUGCGCGACCUCGCCCUCUUCGACGCGUCCCUCCACGGCCGCGUCUCCCGAAACACGCCGACGUAUCUCCGCCUCCUCUACGGCGUAGUCGAUGAAAUCCGAUUCGACUACGACGUCACCUCGCCCUCUCCAUUUGCUCAGCACCGAAUCAGCCGAUUCAAAGAGAAGCACCCCGACUCACCCGUCUCAGCUGCCCUGGGCUUCCUCGUCCGCGACUACUCCAUCGCCCUCUUCGACUUCGUCGAAUCCGUUCCACUUCGUGGCCUACGAAGCAGUCGAAUUGGAACGGUGGUCUCGUUUCCUGGGAUCGUGGUCCGCUCCUCUCAGACGAAGCCGUCGAUCAGGGUGGCAACGUACAUUUGCGAGGCGUGUGGGACUGAGACGUAUCAGCAGAUCGAGGACGCAGACUCGUUCGACCUGCUGGACGAGUGCAGGAGCAUCCGAUGCCGAUCGAUGCGGAUUCGCGGUGCCCUCUGCCUCGUCUCGCGUGGCUCCCGCUUCGUGCGCCAGCAGCGGCUGCUGCUGCAGGAGGAGACGACUGCGGUGCCGCCUGGCGCCGUCCCCCGCACCGUCUCAGUCGACGUCUUCGACCAGUCAGCCGAGACCACUCGCCCUGGCGAACGAGUCGACGUCUCCGGAAUUCUGCUGCCUCGGCCGCACUUUGGGCAGUGGCGAAUGGGAGCGGGGCUGCUGAACGAGACGGUGGUGCUUGGGAUGAAGGUGGCCCAUUCGGUCGCAGUGGCUCGGCCAGCGGCCACGAGCAGCAGGAAACUGGUCGACUCGUUCGCCCCGGAAAUCUACGGCCUGGUCGACCUGAAGAAGCUUCUUCUUCUCGUUCUGGUCUCGUCUCCUGGUGCAUCAAUGGCCGAUGGAAUGCGCAUUCGCGGUGACAUCAACCUCCUGGUCGUAGGAGACCCGGGAAUUGCAAAGAGCCAGCUGCUCAGGCGAGCAGCUGCUCUCUCUGGUCGCGGUGUCUACACCACUGGGCGAUCAUCGAGUGCUGCCGGUCUCACUGCUGCCGUAGUCAGAGACACCGUCACAGGCGAGUGGCUUCUCGAAGGAGGCGCCCUCGUUCUGGCUGAUGGUGGCCUCUGUUGCGUCGAUGAGUUCGACAAAAUGGACGAGACCGAUCGAGUUGCAAUUCACGAGGUGAUGGAGCAGCAGUGCAUUUCAAUCAGCAAAGCGGGAAUCAACACCACCCUCAAUGCACGCUGUUCAGUGGUGGCUGCUGCGAAUCCAGCACGAGGAAGAUACAACCAGGGAAGAAGUGUGGAGCAGAAUGUCAAUUUGCCAGUGAGUUUGAUGAGUAGAUUCGAUGUGAUGGCGGUAUUGAGAGAUGAGGCAGAUGCAAAUAAAGAUAUGGCACUGGCUGGUCACGUAACAAAUGUUGUAGCUGAUGAUAAUAGGGUAGCUGAUAAUGACAGGGUAGCUAAUGAUAAUAGGGUGGCUAAUGAUAAUAGGGUGGCUAAUGAUAAUAGUAAUGUUGACAAUAGUAAU